AUGUCGGGGGAUCCGAACAUGGACAUGUUACAGGAGUCGGGUUGGGAGGAGCUCCGGAAAGAAGCCCGAAAGAUCGAAGGCGAUCUCGACGUGAAGCUCUCAUCUUAUGCUAAGCUUGGCGCUCGCUUCACCCAAGGAGGUAACGUGGAUGCCGGUUCACCAAUGGUUGGGUCCAGCAGAUCCUGGAAAUCCAUGGAAAUGGAGAUUCAAUCAUUGCUUGAGAAGCUACUGGAUAUAAAUGAUGCUAUGAGUCGAUGUGCUGCAUCUGCUGCACCUACUACUUCAGUUUCUCAAAAACUUUCAAGGCACCGGGACAUUUUACAUGAGUUUAACCAGGAAUAUAGACGCAUAAAAGGAAACAUUAACUCAAUGAUGGAACAUGCAGAACUACUAAGUUCUGUAAGAGAUGAUAUCAGCGAGUACAAGGCAUCUGGAAAUAUGUCCCCAAAAAUGCAUUUGCUGCGGGAGAGAGCUGCCAUACAUGGAAGCAUAUCUCAUAUUGAUGAUGUGAUUAGUCAAGCUCAAGCAACUAGAGGUGCAUUGGGCUCUCAAAGGGCCUUGUUUGGGGAUGUUCAAGGAAAAGUGAAACUACUUGGUGAAAAAUUUCCUGUCAUUCGCGGUUUAAUAGGUUCAAUCAGUAGAAAACGAUCAAGAGAUACUCUCAUCCUGUCCGCAAUUAUUGCCGCUUGUACGCUUUUCCUUAUUAUCUACUGGCUUUCAAAGUAA